CACACACACUCUCUUCUUAUUUUAUCUGUAUGGUUUCAACCGAUCCCGGAUGGCGAUAUUUAGAAGGAAGUUUUGUUUUUGCGAGUUUUUUAUCCAUUUUAGCCGACUUGACGAGCAAACCCGUUGAAAGAACACGGACACCUUUAUGUGUAUAUAUAAUAAUCACAAACUGCCUACAAAACAUCGAGGGAACAGAGGUAGGAGCUGUGGGAGAGAGUGAAACACCGCACUUUAUAGUAACCUGAACACCUUCCUGCUAAGCUAACAUUGACUAGCUUUUACGAGCUAGCCUCUGGUUUGUGUUGAGGGACUGAUCCAACCAAACGAAGCCAUGGGGAACCGGGGGAUGGAAGAUCUGAUCCCCCUGAUCAACAAACUUCAAGACGCUUUCAGCACUAUUGGCCAAAGUUGUAAUUUGGACCUCCCUCAAAUCGCUGUGGUCGGCGGACAGAGUGCUGGGAAAAGCUCUGUCUUGGAAAAUUUCGUUGGCAGGGAUUUCCUCCCUCGCGGCUCUGGCAUUGUGACCCGCAGACCUCUCAUCCUACAGUUGGUCAACAACAAAGCAGAGUAUGCCGAGUUCCUGCAUUGCAAAAACAAGAAGUUUGUGGACUUUGAGGAGGUUCGGUCGGAGAUCGAAGCGGAGACCGAAAGGAUAACUGGCUCCAACAAGGGCAUCUCUCCCAUCCCCAUAAACCUUAGGGUUUAUUCCCCGAAUGUCCUGAACCUGACCCUCAUCGACCUCCCGGGGAUGACCAAGGUUGCUGUGGGCGACCAGCCGGUGGACAUCGAGCACCAGAUCAGGGACAUGUUGAUGCAGUUCAUCACCAAGGAGAGCUGCCUGAUCCUGGCCGUGACCCCGGCCAACACCGACCUGGCCAACUCGGACGCCCUGAAGAUCGCCAAGGAGGUGGACCCCCAGGGUCUUCGCACCAUCGGCGUCAUCACCAAACUGGACCUGAUGGACGAGGGCACGGACGCAAAGGACAUCCUGGAGAACAAGCUCCUGCCCCUGCGACGAGGCUACAUCGGCGUGGUGAACCGCAGUCAGAAGGACAUCGACGGGAAGAAGGACAUCGGCGCCGCCAUGGCCGCCGAGAGGAAGUUCUUCCUGUCGCACCCGUCCUACAGACACAUAGCGGAGCGCAUGGGCACGCCUCACCUGCAGAAGGCCCUCAACCAGCAACUGACGAACCACAUCCGGGACACGUUGCCGGGACUGCGCAGCAAGCUGCAGAGCCAGUACCUCGGCCUGGAGAAGGAGGUGGCGGAGUACAAGAACUUCAGUCCAGAUGACCCCCAGCGCAAGACCAAGGCCCUGCUGCAGUUGGUGCAGCAGUUCGGGGUGGACUUUGAGAAGUGCAUCGAGGGCUCCGGCGACCAGGUGGACACCAACGAGCUGUCGGGCGGUGCUAAGAUCAACCGCAUCUUCCACGAGCGCUUCCCCUUCGAGCUGGUCAAGAUUGUGUUUGACGAGAAGGAGCUGAGGAGGGAGAUUAGCCACGCCAUCAAAAACGUCCACGGUGUCAGAACGGGCCUGUUCACCCCCGACCUGGCGUUUGAGGCCAUCGUCAAAAAGCAGAUCGUUAAGCUGAAAACGCCCUGUCUCAAAUGUAUCGAUCUGGUCAUUCAGGAGCUCAUCAACACGGUCAGGCAGUGCACCAACAAGCUCAACUCCUACCCCCGACUUCGGGAGGAGACGGAGAGGAUCGUCACCACGUUCGUCAGGGAGAGAGAGGGCAAGACCAAGGAUCAGGUUCUGCUUCUGAUCGACAUUGAGCUGUCUUACAUCAACACCAACCAUGAAGACUUCAUAGGCUUUGCUAAUCUUGACUUCAGCAGGCUGGAUGACGGCAGCAUCCCUGGGUGCGCCGGCAACAGUGCCCAGCAGAGGAACACAGCCACCAACAAGAAAAGGGCCAUUCCCAACCAGGGACAGGAAGUCCUGCUUCGCGGACUGGGAAAGGGCUCCGAGGAGAAGGUGAUCCGCAAGGGCUGGCUCACCCUCAACAUCAGCAUCAUGAAGGGAGGCUCCAAGGAGUACUGGUUCGUGCUGACCGCAGAGUCCCUCUCCUGGUACAAAGACGAGGAGGAGAAAGAAAAGAAAUACAUGCUCCCCUUGGACAACCUGAAGCUCCGAGACGUGGAGAAAGGCUUCAUGUCCGCCAAACACGUCUUCGCCAUCUUCAACACAGAGAGCAGGAACGUGUAUAAGGACUUGCGGCAGAUCGAGCUGGCCUGUGAUUCCCAGGAAGACGUGGACAGCUGGAAAGCCUCCUUCCUCCGAGCGGGAGUUUAUCCUGAGAAGGACCAGGUGGAUAACGAGGAUUCGGCCCCUGCGGACACGUUCUCUAUGGACCCCCAGCUGGAGCGACAGGUGGAGACCAUCCGCAACCUGGUGGACUCAUACAUCGGCAUCAUCAACAAGUCCAUCCGGGACCUGAUGCCGAAGACCAUCAUGCAUAUCAUGAUCAAUAGUGCCAAGGACUUCAUCCACUCUGAGCUGCUGGCGUACCUCUACUCGGCCGGGAACCAGAGCAGCCUCAUGGAGGAGUCUGCGGACCAGGCCCAGCGGCGGGACGAGAUGCUGCGCAUGUACCAGGCCCUGAAGGAGGCGCUCAACAUCAUCGGGGACAUCAGCACCACCACCAUCUCCACCCCCGUGCCCCCGCCCGUCAACGACGGUGGGCGGGUGGGCGAGUCCAGCUCCAACCACAGGGCCGUCGCCGCGCCGUCUGGCCCCGUCCGCCCGCCCACCGUCAGGGGCGCCACGCCGGGACCCCCCCUCAACCCCUCCCCGGCCUUCGGGGUCCCGCUCAACCCCUCUCCUGCGUUCGGGGCGCCCCCCAUCCCCUCCCGGCCGGGCCCGCCCAUGAACGCCUUCGGCUCUGGCCCGGACCCCUUCAGCGCCCCGCCGCAGAUCCCCUCCAGGCCGGCCCGCGUGCCCCCUGGUGUGCCCAGCCGAAGACCCCCCGGUGCUCCUUCUCAUCGGCCCACCAUUAUCCGCCCCGCCGAACCCUCCCUGUUAGACUAGUCCUGUCGCCAGGCAACCCGUGUGUCAGUGUUCAGCGUGUGUGCGUGCGUGUGUGAGUGUGUGUGUGUACAUGCAUGCUAGGCCCGAGAGAGGGGGGAGGGCAGAGUGAUGUGGUUUCCCUGAUAUCUGUGCAGUUGUAUGCAUCGUCCAUAACUUGGUCAAAACCUAGUCUAUCCCAAUGCAAUGUUAAUAAGCUGCUAACGUUGUCGCUGUUAACCCUCCGUCGCCACCACUAGGUGGCAGCAUAACCUUUCUAUCGAGCUGCUCAGGCUGUUGGCUUGGCUGCUGUGCUAUUGAAACGCAUGGCGUUGUAAAAUAAUUAUAAUAAUGACUAAAGUGACACGCAUGUUUCUUCUUAGAGGGACCUUAACAGCAGCUUAUUAAUGAACUUGUUUAUGGCAUAGGCUGGAUUUCCUCUCCCCCCCUCCUCUGAACCUUUGAAGACCCUGAGACCCAACUCUAGACCUCUGUGAUUUAAACAGGCUGAUCCUCUCGUUAAUGUCUUUUUUUUUUUUUUUGGAUUUUCGUUUUUUCGAACUGAUGGGAAGAAAAUAUUAGGUUAUUAUCAUUGUUAUUAUGGUGUUGAUGUUGAUCACGUGUUUUCCUUGUGAUAUUUUAUUGCCCCCUCUCCCCCCUUUUUUUUUUGCCCCCCAGUAAAAUUGCUUUAAGAAUCAAUUAAUAAUAACAGGACGAGAGAAGAGGAGUUGAGUAUGGCGGAGGCUUGAGGCCAAUAGCAGCCUGGGUGAUGGGCUAACGUUUGACACUUUAGCCACACACACACAGAAACACACACACACACACGCACGCGCGCGCUCCGUGUGUAACUUUGAUCCACUGAUGUCGUCUCCGUUGACCACUUUAAUCCAAGCACUUGACCGUUCAGCCUUACAAACUGCAGCCAGGCUCAGACCUCUUACCGUAAUACUAUGCAUUUAGCAAAGGCAGUAGAUUGGGGAGGAGAACAGGGAACUCCAAGCCUGGAGCAUGAAUCCCACCAUGAGUCUGGUGGGAGCCCUUUGGCCCUUAUUCGGUGGACCUGAUUUGUCCCUCGUUUAAUGUCCCCCGAGGAACGUAGGGCCGUUUCUCUGCUCGUGGGGCCCGUGUAGAGGGGCGGGAUGUCGCGUUUGGGCAGCGUCUAAGACACAGAGCCCAGCCGUUUCUUCGUGGGCUUUCUGUCGCACUAGCACUGCAGAUUCCAGUGACAUCCAUAACAUGUUGUAGAUAAUCUGCCUGUGUGGAAGCACCAAGUACCCCCCCCCCCAACCCUGCAGCCCUUCUCCCGAACACACACGCGUGCUGUGGAUAUGAAUGCAAACGCCCCCGCCUUUUAUACAGACGAACGUCGUACUAACGGAAGCACUAACAGACUUUUUAAUGUAGUGAAGGUAGAUUUGGGUCAUCUUGCCGUCGCGUUAUUUAUAACCUGGAAUUGUAUCGUUUUCCUCUGUCGUGUUGAUUGAAUCUCCAUAUAACUUUUGUUUUUGCUCAAAUCCCCCUCCCCCUCCCCGUUCCCCUCCUCAUCCCCAACCUCCCCUGCGUGUAAACAACGCGGCUCAUUUCAAGGGGAGGGGGGUGUAUCACAGGGUGGGACGAACCUGCUGUAUUAUGGGAUGGUAGACAGGGUUGCGCAGUGUCCUCCACAGUGGGGAUUCUCUUUUUUUUGAUUUGAUAUGUGGGGGUAUUUUGAUGGUCCUAAUUAUUUUUCCAUCGCUGGUUUACUAACCGAGGGGGUGACCAGUCAGGGUGUUGCUUUGACCCUUGGGCUACUUUUACUGUUUCCUGUGUGUUUUGAUUGGACCAGUCACUGUAGGGGUUGGCGUGGUGGUGGAGGAGUUUGGGGGGGUUUGGCGGAGUGAAUCCACAUCCUGUCUGGUGCGUCUUGUCUGGCAAAAAGAUGCUACCUCUGUCUUGGUUCUUCCCCAAGAGGAAAGCACCCAGUGUAUAUAAAUGUAUAUUAAAUCCAAUCUGGCAACGUGACAAAACAAAAGAGGAAACGACCACAUACGCACACCUCUCGCAUUAAUAUCGGCCCAGCAUUCAGACGGGAUGAGUAUUCUCCGACCACUUCCUGCUAGUGAGUCAGUUGAUGGAGUGAGGUACAGUUCUCACCGCAGGACUUCAACAAACGGGAGGGUUCCAGUAAUCUCCCCGGUCCCUCCCACCUUCUCCCCCCACCCUCUCUGUGUCUGGUGAAGGGUUCAAAAAUGAAAAAUCAACCAUACACUUAUCUUUUAUUUUAUACUCUUUUUGUUUUGCAAAUCCUUGUCAAGUGCCUGUAGCAAUUAAUGGAUUUGAAUAAACAAAUUGAACCACUUUUGGAAUGAAAUCAAUAAAGAGGUGACGUGUACAAUAAAGGGUGCGUCUCUGGUG